AUGGAUGAACAAAACGAAAGACCACAAGAACUUCGCCUUUUUCCACAUGUUGGAUCGUCGAACACAGGAAGAGAGGCUCGGGCGAGAUUUUACAAUCUCACAUCAUAUCCGGUUGAUAUCAUUUGGCUGCGUGCACCGCAAGUGGCUUUGAAAUACGGAACUCUCACACAUAAGCAGUAUUUGGAUGUUCGAACCUAUCAGAAACACCCAUGGGUCUUUCGGCGACACUUUGACGGCGCAAUCAUGCUUGCCAACAAGGAAGAGAUUUAUUGGGCAACAGAAUAUUCUCCAAAUGUGGUUUUGCGUGAAGCUGUUUAUAUUACCAUGCCCAUGUGGUCUCUUCAAAAAAUGUGUGCAUACAAAAUUGCCAACUCACCGGAACUUCAUCGAAACAUUGAUAUUCUACCGACUCACGUUGCGCAAAUGGUGCGCAGAAUCAUUUACUGCAGCGAUAUCUACCAGCAAACUAUGCUAAGGCCACGCAACAACAUUCCCGAUACUCAUCCAAGAAUGCGAUUCCGCCCUUUGCAUGAGCCUCCGCCAAUUUUGCCACCGCCCCCUCAAAAUUUGGUGAUACCGCCGCAACAUCGAGGACCCCAACAUAAUCUGGUUCUUGUACAUCAACGCCCGGAGCGUCGGUCGAUCCAAGCAGCUCAACAAGAACCGGAACGACAGCGAAAUCGAGCAGAUGAACAAGAAUAUGAGGGGCAAUUGCAACCAGCAGCUCCGCUAAAUCAGGUUGCUCAUCGAAAUGAAGCGGCUCAAGAAGAACAGUAG